ACUCUACACAAAUUCGACUAGAAAAGCAAAACCCUAGGCGUGUGCCGGGAAAUGUCGACGUGGCAGAUAUUUUCCGAUGGCAGGAAUAAAUUCCGGUGGGAAAUUACCGAUCACCAGGUCGAGAAAGAAGAGCAAUGUGACGCCGUACACCAACAACGUACCGACGGUCGUCGUCUACCUUCCAUGGCCGAUCUGUUGCUUCUAGGUUGUUCCAAGUUGGUGGAGAAUGGGCAGGGCAUUGAGGAAGACCCACCAAUGUUUCGAACUGGAUUGGGAAAGUCUGUUCAGGUGAUGCAGUCUUCAAUAGCAAAAGCACGCUCAGUUCUUGGUGACGUGGAUGAUGACACGUUGACUGAUAAGGGUAUAGGCCACUUUGCUGGAAGUGAAAAUGGAUAUGCUCUGUCGAAACCAAUGUUUGAGAUGGACUCACAGAGAUCAGUGGUUACAUUGAAGUCCAGGUUGCAGAGUGCAUCAGAAAGUGUACUUAAUAUGUCAAAUUCCAUGUUCCAGACAGGAUCAGGAAAAACAGUCAACAUAUCUUCAGCUGGCCUACUUAGAGCAAAAACUUUGCUAGGUCUGGACCAAAAUUAUGAUCGAGAGUCUUUAGAUGUAUUUGAACAGACAAAAAAAAAGUCUACUUCCACAAAGUCUCGCAAAAAUCUAUCUCAUCUAGAGACUGAGGAUGUGAGUACCUUAAGUUUGAGUAGUUCUACCAAGGUUUUGACAUCUUCCAGUCUUCCUUCUGAUUCCUGCAGAACUGCAGCAAAGGAAUUUCAAGAUUUCACGGCUCCAAAGCCUCCUCCUAUCAGAUUUCAAACUGCUGGGGGGAGAUCCAUAUCAGUUUCUAGUGAAGCAUUGCAACGAGCGAGAAGUUUGCUUGGAAAUCCUGAAUUUGAUUCAUUUUUAAAUGAUGCAAGCACUGAUCCACAGUUUUCAGUAACUGAUGAUGGAAAACCCAGUAGUUCUUCUAACCAAGAAAAUGAUCUUAGUACACCAUUUUUGCAGAAGGGGAUAGAUAAUGGUGACUGGUCCCUGAGGAAUUUUACAUCACCCUUUGCAUCAAGCACAUACCUGAAGCAGUCAUUGGGUAAAUCUGAGAAACUAUUACCACGGAAUAACUUGAUUACAAAGUUUGAUAUGGAGGCAGCAACUAACACUUUUGAUAGGCCUUAUAAUGGACUUAGUUGUGAUGGAAAGCCCCCAAAAGUUAACAGCUCUUCAGAAAAGUUGGACUGUUUGGGAAAUUCAGUUCAGCUGAAAGUUGAUCCCUUGAAGCGGUCAUUAUCCAAUCGGGCACUGGUGGAUAUCUCAAAUACCAUGAAAACGGAUCACAUUGAUAAUAAGCAAUAUUUAGGUGAAAAGCGAAGAGUUCGAAGGAUUAGCUAUGUUUCUCCAUUUAAGAAGCCUCGGAGUUCAUUUGUCACCCCUUUAAACAAAAGUAACUCUUCAGUUCUUAAUGCUUUGUCUAGACCAGCACCAGAAGAGCCUUCUUGCAGAAAGAGGGUUUCAAUGAGAUACCCACUUCAGGUUCAACGAGCAUAUGUCAAAGAAUAUGUUUUACAGCCUCCAUCACUUCAAGAAAAGAUGGUGAACUUGCUAGAGCAUGUGAAAAGAAUGAACCCAGUUGCUGCUGAAAGUUACACAUUCCAGAAUGAAACAUCUUCAGAAUGCAUUGGUCCAGAGGCUUUUUACUUGAUGUUGUCUCAGUCUGGAGCUUCCCUCCAAUAUUUGACCAAAGAGUGGGUUUCAAAUCACUAUAAGUGGAUUGUUUGGAAACUUGCCUCUUAUGAGAGGUGCUAUCCUGCUAAAUUUUCUGGCAAAUUGUUGACAGUCACUAAUGUGCUUGAAGAAUUACGGUACAGGUAUGAGAGAGAAGUAAAUCAUGGGCAUAGAUCAGCAAUCAAGAAAAUCUUAGAUGGAGAUGCGCCACCUUCUUCAAUAGUACUUUGCAUUUCCGCUGUUGGUGAAAGCCAUGACUUAAAGUUUGGAGAUCAAUCUGCUUCAACGGAGGAGAAUGGCGAUGAUAGAACUUCAAAAAUAGAGUUAACUGAUGGAUGGUAUUCCGUUAAAGCUUUGUUGGAUGAACUACUAUCUCAGAAGCUUGCUUCAGGAAAGUUGUUUGUGGGGCAAAAACUCAGGAUCUGGGGAGCCAAACUCUGUGGGUGGCCUGGGCCUGUUUCACCCUUUGAGGCAUCAAAGACAACUAGUUUAUUAUUGCAUAUGAAUGGCACUUACAGAUGUCAUUGGGCUGAAAGAUUGGGAUUCUGUAAAAGUGCUGGUGUUCCAUUGGCAUUCAGAUGCAUCAAGGGUACUGGAGGCACAGUCCCCAGCACUUUGGUUGGUGUUACAAGGAUAUAUCCAGUUUUGUAUAGGGAAAGGUUAAGCAAUGGGAGUUUCAUUGUGAGGUCUGAGAGAGAGGAAGCUAAAGCACUGCAGUUAUAUAAUGAAAGGCGUGAUGUUGUUGCUGAAGGAAUCAUAUCAGGAUUCCAAAAGGAAACAGAAUUUAAUGUUGGUUAUGAUCAUGAAAGUGAAGAAGGGGCCAAACUUAUGAAGUUACUUGAGACAGCUGCGGAACCAGAGGUUUUAAUGGCGGGAAUGAGCUCAAAAGAAUUAACUUCUUUUGCUUCUUAUAAAACGAAGUUGGAGGCAAUGAGGCAGUCAGACAUGCAAAUAUCUAUUCAGAAAGCUAUGGAGGCUGCUGGGCUUAAUGAAAGAGAGGUUACUCCAUUUUUGAGGAUUAAAGUUCUUGGUUUGACAAAUAAACACCAACCACGAGAACGUUCUCCUAGGAAAGGCUUGAUAACAAUAUGGAAUCCAACACAGGAACAGAUGCUAGAGCUCUCCGAAGGGCAGGCAUAUGCUGUUGGAGGCCUUGUACCAUCUAGCUCUGAUUCAGGUAUCCUUUACCUACAAGCAAGAGGAUCAGCCAGCAAUUGGCGACCUCUGUCUCCAUUGAUGAUGAAGAAUUUUGAGCCAUUCUUCACUCUUCGUUCAUCAACUGCAAUAUCAAGUUUGAGCGAAGUUCCCAUCUUGAGUGAGUUUGACAUUGCAGCUUUUGUUGUUUAUGUGGGAGAGGUAUAUAGACAAGGUCAUCAACAGAAGCAGUGGGUGUUCGUGACGGAUGGAUCCACAGCUGGAUUUUGUUCCAAGGAAUCACUGGAUGCAUUACUGGCCAUUAACUUCUGCUUGCCAUACACUGAAUUUGACUCAUCUGCACCAGUAAACUCUAAUAUUGUAGGAUCUGUGGUUGGGUUUUGCAAUCUCACCAAGAGACCAAGAGAUCAAGUAAAUGGCCUGUGGGUGGCUGAAGCAACAGAAAAUUCUGAUUACUUUCUAAGUUAUGAUCAUGCAGGUUAUAGCCAUUUAAAAGAUGUUGCUGCUUCAGUGUUAAAAUGGGCAAAUACAUCAAGUCUGAUAACCGAGAAGCUUAAGGAGACUGUCUCUUCUAUUAUCAGAAACUCAAAAGAUGGAUGUUGAUUGCACCUAUUUAAGCUCUUGAAGUGCACGUCUCUUUGUAUCUUAAUCCUCGGCAUUGAGCAAGGCUGCCUGCAAAAUAUCCCAGAGACCCAAAUCAAGUAUAAGCUCGAGAUAAGCGUUGAGAAUUGGUCGACUACAGUUUCUCUUGGUGUAUAGUGUUUCUGUCAAAUAUGGGAGUAAGUACUCCGAUUGUACAGUGCAUGUAGAUCAUCAUUGUAUAAAUCAAGUCAAAUAGUAUAAUUAGUUGGGAACAUUGUUUUCUGGAAUAUCAGAAUGCUGCAGCAAGGCUGUUCAGCUUUUGCAUUAAGGUGGGAUUGUUUUUAGUAAAGUUUUUGCUGAACGCCAAUGUCUGAAUGAAAUCCUUUCAUAGUACUCCAAAUGCACUUGCAAGUCAU